UGUUCACAGUUCACAAAACGACCGUCGACAGCGCUCCAUUCCAAUCAACGACAGGAACGAAACUGCGAAAUGAUACAGUGAUGAUGGCUCAGUAAAAGUGAAGUGCUUUAUUGGAUGGGAUCCGAAGAAAUUGAAAUUUAACUUUAACUAGGCUUCAGAAGUGAAGUUUUAAGAUCGGGUUCUAGUGCUAACAGUUGCUGGCUAACUAUUGAACUAGUGAAAGAUACCCUCGGGAUUUCCGUAAGUAGACUAGAGCUAUUUGGACCACAGACUUUAUUAAGAAGGAGAGUGCUUUGAGGCCACAAACAGCACCAACGGAUGUCACGCGAAGGAUCGGGCCUAUCCCGGGCAGCAGGUGGUAUAUCUGGAGCAGGAGGACACCGCGAUUACGGAGCGAUCAGUAGUACUAGUAGCAGCAGCGCUGCUAUGGCUUCGGCUAGCGAUCCCAGUAGCUUCGGAGGGUUUAGCCCGACCGAAUUCAUCUCACUGAGUGAAUCGAUCGCGGCCAACACCAUCUUCGUGAAGCAAAGCUGGCAGUUUCUGGAGAAGGCAAACCGGACCAUCGGGACCCCGAAGGAUAAUCAAGCGCUGAGGGAUAAGGUCCAUGAUAUCCAAACCGGAACCAAUCAGAGGAUUUCGACGACCAGCAAAGAUCUGCAGCGGCUCACGGUGGUGGUCCGCGGAGGGGACAAGCAACAGAAGCUUCAGGUGGAAAAACUGACCUCCGAUUUCACCCAUGUGGUACAGAUGUAUUCCAAGAGUCAGCAGAUAAUUGCUGCCAAAAUGAAACAAGUGCUGCUGGUAAACGCUUCGCAGCAGGAUGAUUUCAACCAGGAUUCGUUCGGAACCGCUAGCCAAGAGCAACUGGUCCAGCAGCAGCGGCAACAGAUGCAGCAAACGAUGCAAUUCGAACAGGACAUGCUGCUGGAGCGGGAACAGCGCUUCCGUCAGAUUGAAGCCGACGUGCUGGACGUCAACCAAAUCAUGAAGGAACUUUCGAGCAUCACCCUACAGCAGAGCGAAGUCGUCGAUACAAUCGAAAACACGAUCGAGCACACGGUAUCAAACGUGGAAUCGGGUGCAUCCGAACUGGAGAAGGCAGCCGAGUAUCAGAAUCGAUACCGCCGCAAGGUACUGAUCCUGCUGAUCAUAGCUGUGAUAUUAGGGGUUAUUAUUACCGGCAUCAUUGUUUCCAAGUUGAAGAGCUAAGAAAACAAACGGCCAAACCAACCUCGUCAGUGAUUCCGUUGAACUUAUUUGAACGUUUCUUGAAAGUGAACCUUGAACAACCCACGUCUUUAAGCUCGUUUCGUUAUUUAUUAUCUACCUAUCAAUACAUAUACACUAAACCCACACAGGUAUUUUAAACACUUUGAGGUCCUUUAGAUUUUCUGUUAUCUGAGGUGUACGUGUUUAUGUAAAGAAUAAACUAUAUUUCUAAGAAAUAAACUACAGUCUAUGAUAACUGAUCAAAAAAUUAAGUCUACAUAAAUGGUGCAAACAAACUUUCUCUAAAGGAAGAUCAAUUUUUCAGCGUUUGAAACAUAGAAUUCUAGGUUAGGUUUAUCUAUUGGAAGAAAUACGAGAGUAAAGAAACAAUAAAUUUAAAAACAUGAUUAAUAAGUUGCCUAAUGGAUUUCUGUUUUCGGCGAAAAUCGUCAUAAAAGUACCAUACAUAGUUGAUACACAUUAGUAAUUAUCUGAAAAAAAAAAAACAAAUUCUACGUACGCUUGAUCGGAGCUUGUUAUUAUGAUUGGCGCUGCUCAUUGUUGUUGUAUUGAAUAGUAAAAAAAAUCAAACAACCCGGACCGAAGCUCGAAAAGAUACGGCUAAAGGUCCUUGAACCAAGAUAUACCGAAAAAGUAGAAGUGACCACACAUACUUAUGUACACUACAUUAUCAAAGUAAUUUAAAAAAAAACGAAUGGCGAAACAUUCUUGCUGGACUUCAUAUUACAACUACCAAUCUAACUUAAAGAAAGCAGCAAAUUUGGAAUGAAGGACUCUUCGUUUUGGCUGCAGGAGGAAAACUACAAAAGAAAAUGAAUUAAAUAAAAACAUGUAA